AUGAGAAUGGAGCACAGUGAUACCCAGCCGCACCUGCCGGCGGGUCUGCCCCCACUGCCAAAAAGCCUGAGCGCCGCCGCCGCUGCUUCCUCAGUAGCGUCUCCGCCUGUUGCUGUUACUCCACUGAUGAUGCCCCGCACUGCGUCGCCGGCGUCCGUCAGCGUGGCCGCUCUGACCGCAGCUGCCGGCGAACUCUAUCUGGGCCCCUCCACCUCUUCCCAGGCGGCUAGGAAUCGCAGCUACAAUGGUCACGGUCACAGCCAGCGGCACGGCAGUCUGUCGUCCACGCAGGAGUCGCUCAGCGACAGGGAGUCCGUACACAGUCGAGCCUCCUCCACACACAGCGCUGGAGCCGGGCAUACGCCAACCAACAGCUCAAGCAGCACCGGCGCCACCUCCUCAACCAUCGACAACCAGUUGGCCAUCUUGCGGCGGGAGAUGUAUGGCCUGAGGCAGUUGGAUCUGUCGCUCUUGUCGCAGCUGUGGGCGUUAAAUGAGUCAAUACAGGGAUUCCGGGUGUUCCUGCAGGAGCAGGAUGCCAUGUCGCCUCCAUCAAGGUCAAGAACACCAUCGGAUGCGAAUUCGUUGUCCUCCGAUGAAGAGGACGAUGGCUCCUAUGCGCCAGUGGCGUUGCCCAAGAUGACAGAUGCCUCAGGAGGCGGAGGUGGAAGCGUAGGUGUCGUUAACUCCAGAGCCAUGGCCUCGCCGGCAGCCAGCGGCGGUCUGCCCACCAAAUUAGCCACAGGAUCUACCACAUCUCAUGCCUCGACCAGCUCCACUUCGGGAGCUUCCGGAUCCUCCUCGGCUGCCUCGUCGAUGGGGAAACAUCAGCAACUGCAACAGCAGCAGCAACUGCAACAACAGCAGCAGCAGCAGGCAUCUCACUAUCAUCAGAGGCCGGCGCCACCACCCGCACCACCAGCCCAGCACAAGGCACAUCCGCAACUGCCGAGGAUACUGCAACAGCGCAUGAGACAGGCACCACCACCGCCGCCUCCCACACGGCCCAAGGGGGGCGGGAAUAGUGGCGGUGGCGGCGGCGGGGGCGGAGCAAGCACCAGCAGCAGCAACCAUAGCAUCAGUAGCAGUGUAACGCAGUCUCAUCAGCACCAACAACAACAACAACAUCCCUAUCCACAUGCCCACCAUUCGCGACCCGUAUGACAAAACCCGUUCUUGGACUAAACCAAGGUCCAAGAACACAAAGCAGUCGCUGCCAACACUUCGGAAAGGGUCAAUUAGACGACAUUUCUCCAAGAGUCAAUUCAAAUUCAAGUGCAGAACGAUCACACACCACACAUACCACACAUACAAUCCACCAACCACCAACUCUCAUCUCGAAAAGCUUGCCAUGCUCCUCCAUUAUGUUCUUGAGAUAUCCAAACAAAACCACGAAACAUAUGAAGAAACACACAAAACUCUGUUUAUAAAUGUUUUUUUGCGAAACAAAAAGAUGAAAAUGUCUUUAGAGUGUAAGCGAACCCACUCACUUUCACGUUUAAUAUUAAAUGAUAAACACAUGAUUGUAUUUGUAUUCAGUAAUAAUCGCUAAGUAGUAAAGGAUAAGAUCCUUAUUAUGCAUCGUAUGUAUUACUCAAAUUGCAUAAACGUAUAUUUAAAAUUGAAAACUUCAAAUGCUUGAGAUUCCGCAUCGAGUACAUAGAUCUAGUUCCAUAAUUUGCGUUGACUCUCUGAUAUGAUUUGUUAGAAUGCCAAUAUACACUAUCCAACAAAACAAAAAUACUAAACCACGUAGCACUAACCAAAACUAAACUCUUGGCCUAUGAUAUAUCUGGUUUGAUUUUGUAGCCCCUGUUAAGUGAGAGAUGGAAUGGAAAAACAUAUAUUAUUAUAGGAACAUUUAUCUGUAUCUCAAAGAAAAACACUAGCUGAUCUUACUGUUAGUCCAAUAAUCCUAUCAUUAACACUCCUACAUCUCUAGGCAUAUAUAUGUAAAGCUCAAGUAUUGGAGCAAUUCCCCCGAGCAAUUGUAUAAUGCGUGGCAGAGCUGUAAGUCUGUGGAAGAGGCCUAUUUAUAGGGCCUAUCGAUUCCUUAUUGGAUUAACAUAAAAUCUCAUUGAAAUGACUAAACCCACUGGCCUCUAGCUUAUAGCUUUGGAACGUAUUAUAAGUAAUAUUUAUAUACUAAACAACAUAUACAAUUUUUACCACAUAUAUAAACAAAACGAUAAUUGAACGAAACGCUGAGUAAAUGCCAUCGAGUAUUUUCCCAUAUCACACGCAAAGUAAGGGAGGAGAUUGCGAAAUGAAACAGGAUUUACAUAUAUUACCUAAUCAAAAAAAAUACAAUUAAAUUAAACAAUUUCCAAAUAUUUAUUGUUAGUUCUUAGAAUGCUUUCUUUCUUUCCUUAUAUAUUGUUCUCUCGAAAUUUAAAUGAAUAAUCUAUAACGAUUGUAUCUGAAAUCCACACACGUUCGUAAUUCACAAAAUCCUUAUUUUGCAUUUUAAAAACAAGACUAAAAAUCAAAAUCUCUGGAAUUUGAUAUCAACAACAAACCAGUUCACUGAAACAUCGAUAUAAGAACAAUAUAUGCAGCACAAGCACCCGAAAAAACAAAGGCUUUGAAUGACUUGCCUUGAAAUAUGUCAGAUCGAACCGAUUUUACUUUUAUUUAACUUGUGUUCCUUCAUAAUACAUCAUUUAAUUGUGAUUUUAUUCCUAAAAACACACAAUAAAAAAACAUAUUUUAUGCUUUAUUUUGGAUGAUUACCAGUCAUAUUCCCCCCAAGUUAUUCAAAGCCUUGGCGACCAGCUGCAAACUCAUCAAAUAUUGCGCAUUUGAGAUGAACUUUUGAAAGCUUUUGCUGUGUACAAAAAAUAAAUGCAAGCAAGAUAUCGAAAAUUUACACUGACCGCAAAAACAAUGUAUACAACUUUUGUGUGGGACUGUUCAAUUGUAACACAGUUUAAUUCGAAAUUGAGAUAGAAAUACAAUUAAUGAACAAAUUAAUUUAUAUAUUUCUCGGUUUUGAUGGAAAAUGAUAAUGGAUUAAAUCGUUAUAAAAGCAUGUAUUAUGUAAUGGCAAAUUGAUUAAUGAAACGAAAGAAGCGAUAGCGAUACGAAUGAAUCGAUACAAUAAAUAUCAAUUUAAAAUAUCA